AUAUAUAUUUUUGAUACUUGAAGAGAACUAUGGAGACGUGGCCUCCUCCUGAGCUUGAUAGCCAGUUGACCGCAAUAUCUAGACAAAAUAAUUCCGACAACAAAGAAACCGACAGAAGUGAUCAAGUUCGAUGUAAUGACAAGUUGCCGGAGUCCUUUUUGAACGAGAAACAUCUGGCAUCUUUGGGUUAUCAAAGCUUCUGGAAGAACUUGGGUGAGCUAGCAGUUCAGGGAAAUAGGAACAUGGAUGCAAAGUCAUUGCUGGACUUAGAGGAACUGCAAGAUAAGGAACUGGAGGAUGCACAGGAGCAUCGUCGCCAGUGCGAAGUUGAGGAAAGAAAUGCUCUUAAAGCUUAUAGAAAUGCCCAGAAGGCUUUGAUUGAAGCAACAGCGAGAUGCAAUUAUCUCUAUAGCAAAAGGGAACUUUAUUCUGCUCAUCUGCGAAAUCUGAUGAUGAAUAAUUCAAACCUAUUUUGGUCCUUCAGAUCUGAUGAUGAGAACGGAGCUGCAUUAAACUUUUCAAAUAAUAUACCUGAGCUUAAUAUGGAUGCGUUGCCCGCAUUAAGUAGUCAAGUGCGUAAUGCAAAUGAUGCUUCCAAUAAUGAUGGGAGUGACCUGAAUGUCCAUCCUGCCAAUGAUGAUACUCAAUUAUCUAAUCUGCACACGGAGAGAGAAAAAUUGCCAUCUGAGCCUUGCAGUGAGCCUGAUGGUAGUACGUCAGAGACUCACAAUAAAGAUGGUAUAGGAAGUGGUACGUGCUUCCCAUCUGACAAUUCUAGUUUAGAGACACGCAUAAAAGACAGUGAAGCAAAUGGUGUCUGCUCCCCAUCUAGUGAUUCAAGCAUGUCAGUUGACGAGAAUGAGGAUGCGCUUCAAUGUAGUAUCAAAUCUAGUAAAGACAAUCUAGAGGUGGGAAAGGACAUGAGCAGCGGUCAAGAAAUGCAACUAUCAUUUGAUAGCUCUCACGACUCUCUGCUUCUCGAAGCAUCAUUGAGGUCUCAACUUUUUGAAAGACUCAGAAAGAAAAGUCUGUCAAAGAAUAGGGAAUCUAGCCAGAGCAUGGUACCUGUUGAUAAAGGAAGAUCAGAAAAUGAUGGUGCUGGGAAAAAGAGGAAGAGAAGUGCUAGGGAGAAAUCUGAGACAAUUUUAGGGACUGUACUGUUGUCUGGUGCAAAUAAAGAUAGCCACUCUGAGCUGCAAGGUCAACAAUCAACAAUUUAUGUUGCUCUAUCUUCUCCUGUUGUGAAGAGUGUAAUCUGCCACCUGAUGGUUGCUGAGCCCAAAAGUUUUCAGAUGCUGACCAGAAGUCCAGAUUUAGCUAGUCUUCGUGUUAACGGUGGAAAUGACAGGACCCCUGUCCAUAAUAAAAGCAACCGAAGCAUAUUGUGUCAGGGUCCAGUUGAAGUGCCUACUAUGGAUAGCUGCUGUGGACAGAUUGGUUCUUAUUUUUGCAAUCUUGCUAUUGAUCCAUUUUGGCCACUUUGCAUGUAUGAACUCAGGGGGAAAUGCAACAAUGAUGAAUGCUCCUGGCAACAUGUUCAAGACUACUCUAUUAGCAAUACGAAGAAUGAUGCCUCUAAUAAACCUGAUCUUCAGGCUGGAUCACCAUCCUGGAGAGGACCACGUCUUGCUAAGUCUCUAAAAAAUCUUGUUUUGGCUCCUCCUACUUAUCUGGUUGGCUUGGAUGUGCUCAAAGCUGAUAUGCGGUAUAAUUCCGUUUUAUCUCGAGACAAUGGACAGUGCUGGAGAAAGUGUUUCAGUGCUUCCAUGGUUCUUUCGAGUCUGCUUCUAAUCGACUUGCCUUUCAAUGAGCCGUUCUUGCAUGGCACUGAAGCUCGUAUAGAAGUUCAUGGGGCUUGGAAUAGGCAAUCAUUUUAUUUUCACAGUAAAAAUGGUAAAAAGAGUAAAGUUGAUGGAUAUUUUGCUGAUAAUGACCAAUCCCUGGAAAUGGCGUUUCUUCAUCUAAAUCAGGAGGCUGACAAACAAAAGGGCCGUAUAGAGUCUCUUAAAGUGAUUGCUCGAGCUCUCGAGUCCAAUGCAACUUCCCCAGUCCUUUGGAUUAUUUAUUUACAGAUUUACUACUGCAAUCAGAAAACGAUUGGAAAGGAUGACUUAUUCCGUUGUGCAGUUGAACUCAACAAAAAUUCCUAUGAACUCUGGCUUAUGUACAUUAACAGUCGAGAACAGCUUAUUGAUAGGUUAGCUGCAUAUGAUGCUGUGCUCUCAGCCCUCUGCUGCCAUGUAUCUAAUUCUGACAGAGAUGUUAGGCAUGCCAGUGAAUGCAUCUUGGACAUUUUUGUUCAGAUGAUGAAUUGUUUGUGCAUGUCUGGGAAUGUUGAAAAAGCAGUUCAGAAAAUUUAUGAGCUCUUUCCUACUACCACGAAAUCAAACGAUUCUCUCAGUUUCUCUCUGACUGAUAUCACUGCCUGUUUCACUAUCAGUGAUGCAUGUAUCUUCUGGGUCUGUUGUGUGUUCUUAGUCAUAUACAAAAAAUUGCCCAAUUCUAUAGUACAGAGGAUUGAGUGUUGGAAAGAAAUUUCUGCCAUAGAGUGGCCUUCGAUUCACUUGACGUCUGAUGAGAAGCAGCAGGCAGCUUCAUUGAUGGAAUUAGCAGUAGACUCUCUAGCAUUGUGUAUGGAUGGUAAAUCCCUUCAAAGUGAAGCAACUCUUAGGGCUGCACAACUGUUUGCUAUCAACCACAUCAAGUGUGUUGAGGUGCUCGAAGGCUUAGAAUGUAGUAAAACCUUAUUAAAAAAUUACGCUAAAUUGUAUCCAUCAUGCCUUGAACUUGUUUUGAUGUUGGCUCGGGUAGAAAAUAAUAUUUGGAAUACGAGUUUUGUUGGGUUCGAAGAAGCUCUUAGUAACUGGCAGGAUGAAGCCCCUGGAAUUCAGUGUAUUUGGAAUCAGUAUGCCGAAUGCGCACUCCGAAAUGGAAUAUCGACUUUUGCUAAGGAACUAAUGGAUAGAUGGUUUGACUCUGUUUGGAAAGUAGGAUGUUCUCAAAAUAGAAUUCUUAAUGCGGUACAGGGUGGAAAUUCCCAGAAUGUCUGGCAACCUGCUUCGGUGUCAGAUCUGUGUACAUGGUUUUCUCAUCACGACCAGAUUGAUGUCAUGUUUGCGCUACUGAAUUUCUCUCUCUACAAAAUAUUUCAGAACGAUGAUACUGAAGCUCUCCUAGCCUUGGAGAGAGCUUUGAAAGCUGCUACUACUGCAGAGAAUUACAGUUACUGUGUGGGAGAGCAUGUCCACUUUUUGCUUACAAAUAGAACAUUACGUCAUAGAAAUGGUUGUAAUGGAGGUAUAUUAAAGAUUCUGAACGAUUAUCUAGAUGAUGCCCCGGCAUCUUCUGAACCAUUAUCUAGAGACUUCAUUCAGAAAAUUGAGAAACCAAGGUUGAGGCAAUUAAUUAGCAAAUUGUUGAGUCCUGUAUCAUCAGACUCUUCUCUUGUGAAUUUGGUUCUUGAAAUAUUGUACGGUCCAUCUCUCCUGCCUCAAAUGUUUGAUAAACUGACAGACCUGGUGGAUUUUGUUGAAUCCCUAAUGGAGAUUCUCCCGUCGAAUUAUCGGUUAGCGAUUUCUGUGUGCAAACUAUUAAGCACGAAUUCUGAUAAUGGUGGUAAUGUUGCUGUUUCUUUCUGGGCAAGUUCACUUGUUGUAAAUUCACUGUUUCAAGCUGUUCCUAUAGCUCCAGAGUCCGUGUGGGUGGAAGCAGCGAAUAUUUUGCAGAAUUUGGCAGAUUCUCGGACGAUCUGUGAGAGUUUCCUUAAUAGAGCUUUGUCUGUAUAUCCUUUUUCGAUCAACCUGUGGAGAUGCUAUCUCAACUUACCCAGACCUGGAGAAAAUGCAAAUGCCGUGAAAGCAGCAGCAAGAGAGAAGGGAAUUAUGCUCGAUUAAGAGCGAAGUAUUGGCCCUUGAGGAUGUUUCCUUGCCAUAUAACCAUAGCAAAUUUUGGGCGAGCUUUAGCUAGCAAUAGUUGUAGAUUUUGGUGCCGUGUAGGAAUCUCGUAAGGCAUACAUAUAUAGAUAGACAACCAAGUAGGUUUUAUCGGUGAGCCUUUGGAAUAUAUUUUUUUGAUACAGAUGUUUCUCUUGUUGAGAUGUACCAUCUUACUAUCGAAUUGAUAGUGUUUCAUUUCAUUCUCACUCAUUGUGUAAGAGCUUGGCUUACCAGAAAGUCAUUCAGCUAUAUACAUGCAUGGAAAAGUUUCUAAGAAUUGAGAAUUUCUGAUUU